CUGUUCUGUAUUACAUUCAUAUCCUUUCUUUUUUUUUUUGCUUGUCAAGUAAACCAUUUAACUAUCCGCCAUUGGCGCACUAGGUCAAAAAAGACCUCUCCCUGUCAGCACUUUGCUUUGCUUUGUUUUGCUUGGCACUCCCAUCUUUCCGUUCUCUCAACAGCUCAUCUACAUUCAAGUAGCUGCCAUGCCAUCCGCUCCAAUACUGGGUCGGUCUCUGAUCCUGUUCGUUGGAUGCGCUGUCUUCUUUCAGCUCAUCCUUUUCUUCAAGAGCAAUUUUUCGUCCUCAUCUGACUUUGACCAACAGUUCUCCUCACAGCAAAAUAGGGAUUGGCCUUCAGAUUCAUCAAACAAUUGGAAUGAACAUGUCCGGAAUCGACACCCUUCGGUGCAACUCUCACUUCGAGACUAUGAAGUUUUAGAUGAACUAGCGGAAAAGAUCGCCACAACAGAGUCGUAUCGUGUCUUUGAGAAUAAGGAUGAAGGGCGAAUCCAUGGAACAAACAUCAAAAAAGACCCCACCCUCGUUCGUAAAAUUAGGGAACAGAUCCAGUGCUGGACUACCCACGGUUCCUGGCAACGACAGGAUGGGGUGUUCACACCACUCAAACAUCUAGGGGACUCGCGCUUUGCUAAAUGCGACAGAAAUUUUAUCAAAGCAUUGGAUCAAGAAGGUAGCGGUCACUACUUGGGUGAAUUUGAUCAUGCAAAUGAACGGUUCCUGGUUCGAGAGGCCGUCAAAUAUAAAUGGGUACCCGAUGAGAAAAUCUGUGGACCAGGAUCCGGAAUCGGUGUGAUGGGUUUGGAGGACGAUCGAGCCAAGUAUCAGCCCUAUACUAAGCAAAGUUUCUGUCAGGUGAUCAACCAACGCGACGUGCUUGUCGUGGGCGACUUGACACAGUACCAAAUUCAUGAUGUGUUGUUGUCAGCGUUCCAAAGUUCAUUUGCCUGUUAUGGUGAGCUAGGCUGCCUACACCACAGUGCUCAUGGACUCUGUCAGAAUGUUGGUCUCAAGUAUGCUAGAAAUGACGUGCUGUCAGUUCCCUGGGCUGUGGACCCAGAGGAGGAAGAAUAUCCAAGCGCAACAACGGUAGAGCAAGCAUGGGCAACAGAGGAUAUGCUUCUCAAAUACAAAGUGUUGAUCCUGAAUCGCGGUCUCUUCUGGAGAACAGACGAGGUGUUCCUGAGUGAGCUGGUCUUUACUAUGAAACACCUUUGGAAGUAUUAUCCUGAUACCCUGAUUAUUUACCGUGCAACUCAUCCUCUAUCAUCUAAUUGCUCGCAGCUGAAGAAUCAAGGUGAGGAUGAGGCAAUCGCGGAUAAAUAUGGUAACUCCGUAGUUGAAGGAACUGUGCUUCAGAAGCCGCUUAAGGAACCGCCUAAAAGGCAAAUAGAGCGCCAAGCAAAUGGAGAGGAGUACCGCCCAUCAAUGGCGGAUAUCCAAAGGCAGAAUCGCAUAGCUAAGCGUGUGGUUGAGGCGGCGGGGGGUAUCUACUUGGAUACAGAGGCCAUGUUUGCUCUGCGACAUGAUGGAAGAAUGGGUGACGGCGAUUGUGCUCGAUUCUGUGCUCCAGGACCACUAGACGCUUAUGUAGACCUAAUUUAUAACACAUUGAGGAUCCUGCAAGUGUAGUUGUGUGGCUGCUACUACAUCCAAAAUACUAUUUCAUUUAUUGCAGC